AUGCCGCGCCCAUCUCUCGGCACACCCAAGUCCAAAGCCAAGGGAACACCAAAAGCUACUCCCAAAGCCACUCCCAAGGCCACUCCCAAGACAUCAAAGUUGGCGGCCAAGCCCAAGUCCAAGACCAAGACCAAACUGUACUCCAACUUCCUCCCUAUCCCCCUCUCCCUUCCCUCGACGCACUGGAUCUACGUGCGCCCUCACACCACCAAGUCGACCGAUGACGCCCAAGUCGAACGCACGGCGCGAACUCUAUUCGCCGCCAACAUGCCGGUAGACGCCUCGGAACGCGACCUCCGCGCCCUCUUCUCGCGGUGGGGCGUCGUCGAGGCGGUAGAGGAGAGGGAAUCCUCGAUCGACGUGUUGGGAGAUGCGGUAGCGGGAUUACCGGAGUCUGAUGAUGAAGACGAGGAUGAAGAUGAGGACAAGCCAGAGGCAGAGGCAGAGGCAGAUGCAGACGCAUGGACGUUUGUCGGUACAGCCCAGGCGGCGCGUAAGCGGCGGCGUAAGGCUGUUCUUCCGGCCAGCGUGCCCGAUGUGGUUGCCCUCGAAUCCGUCCCUUCGUUGGGACUGAGCGGGUCGCGCUCCAUCCGCGUCGUCUUUACCGAUCAAGUCUCGGUUUCGCGGGCUAUGGCUCAUUCCGGUCCUAUUGCUCUUACUCUCCAGGGCAAGGGAUUGAGCUGGUACGAGGCGCGGUACGCCACUCUCCGCCCCUCGCUCGCCAGUGUACGCGCACACGCCGACUCGGCAAUGGCGCGAUACGACCAUCUCCAUUCCCUCCUCCUCGCAUCGAGGGCCAAGGCCCACGGCGCCGGUGCGCUGGUCGACGAAGAUGGGUUUACGGUUGUCGUCCGUGGUGGGCGGUAUGGCCGUACUGCUGGACGAGAUGCUGCUGGUGUCGCUGUUGCUUCUCGCGCUGGAGCUGCGGCGGCCGCGCAGAAGAAGCGCGGAAGGGGGGCGGGAGAGCUCAAGGAUUUCUACAAGUUCCAGAGCAUGGAUCGGAAGCGCAAAGAACUCGCCGAUAUGCGGGCGCGCUUCGACGACGACCGUCGCAAGGUCGACGAACUGAAGCGGCAGCGGCGCUUCAAGCCGUACUAG